AUGGCUUCCAAACCUCGUGCUAGACCAGCUCAUGCCCCUGGACCUACUUAUCUGGCAUACACACCGAACGGCAACAAAUUGAUCACAGUCGGCUUGAACAAUGUUAUCCGCAUCUUUACUACUGGAUCUGAUGCUGAGCCUGUCAAUAUCGAUGUCGUCCAAGAUUCUCACACUGCAGUAGCUGCGACCAACAACUUCUUCUUGACUGGUUCAGAGGAUGGCAGUGUGUGCAAGUACUCCUUAUCCACUCACUCCUUGGAAGAGGUCCUGGUUCGAAGCACCCUGCCUAUUAGAGACAUCUCCAUCUCCCCGGACGGACUAUGGGCUGCAGUAGCCUCUGAUGAACUGGUUGUGAAAAUCGUAAACACGUACGAUAUGGCACGGGUCAUGUAUCUCAGGGAGCAAUCCAGACCGGUCAAGCAUGUAUCAUUUGACUACAGUGGCUCUACUCUGGCUGUUUCAUGCUCCGAUGGAAUGGUGUAUAUCUACUCGCUGAGCUCGGAAGAGCCGAAACUCGUCAAGCGACUCGAUGGGCUGAUCAAGAUCAUGGAGACCGACUCACAGGCCAGCUCAAAGGUCAUUUGGCAUCCUGAUGGGCGAGCACUUUGCGCUCCUACACCCACCAAAUCAGUACAAGUGGUCUCAAGGAGCGACUGGUCAAACCAACGAGCUUUCAAGACCGACGCGAGAGGAGACAUCACAGCUGUAUCUUGGUCACCGAACGGUGCGAUUCUUGCUACAGCUAGCGAGGAUCUCAGCAUCACUCUCUGGAACACGAAAACGCAGCAGCCCGUGGUCAAGUUUGACAGCGAUCGUGAACCUGUGUUGGCUCUUGCUUGGCAUCCUACCGAUAACCUUCUAUCAUACACUACCAACGAUGGAGAGCUUUACAUGCAUGCUGGGAUAAUACCGCAAGAGCACGAACGUAUGCUCCAGACAACUCUCGUCCCUGCGCCUUUCCUGAACGAGUCUGCACCCGAAGGCGCUUCGAGAACUCUGGUGAAUGGAGGCGCCAGACCUGGUGCUCAGCGCAGAGCAGGAACGCCUGACUCGCUGGAUGAUAUUUUGGGUGACGACGGACUCUCUGAGAACGGAGACCCCUUCAUCGUGGAUGAUGAUGGUGCAGGAUAUGUCGAAGAAGUCAAUGGCAACGGAAAGCGACCCGGACAACAGAUCGCAUAUCCACCAUCGAAGAGACCCCAACAACACGGCAGUGCCAGGUGGCAGCCACGUCUACACGAUCCUUUCCAACCGGGUAGUACCCCUUGGAGAGGCAAUCGUCGUUACAUGUGCCUGAACCUGACCGGCUUCAUCUGGACAGUCGACCAGGAUACCCACCACACAGUGACUGUGGAGUUCUACGAUCGUGCUGCUCACCGCGACUUCCACUUUACGGAUCCUUUCCUCUACGAUAAAGCUUGCCUCGGCGAGCAUGGUGCAGCUUUCUCAUGCCCAUCCUCGGACCAACACCCCAGUUUGAUCUACUUCCGCCCUCACGAAACAUGGACGUCUAGAACGGACUGGCGAACGCAGUUGCCUGCUGGAGAAGAAGUCACGUCUCUGAGUUUGAGCACCAGUUUUGUGGUCGUGACAACCUCGAAAGGAUACGUCAGAGUCUACACACUGUAUGGUCUGCCAUUCAGGGUAUACAGACAAAAGAGCACUCCAGCUGUUGCAUGCGCAUCAUGGCGCGACUACGUGCUCACAGUCGGCAACGGCCCUAUCGGAGGCGACGGCACAGCAAAGCUCGUCUACACAAUCGAGAAUGUCAAGCGCGACGAAGUGUGCCAAUCCGAAGACAUCAUCCCCUUACCCGAGCAAUCAGAACUCCAAUCGGUUUUCUGGUCCGAUAGAGGUGACCCCUGUAUCUACGACUCAGAAGGCGUAUUACUGGUAUGUCUGCACUGGCGCACCCCCGGCCAGGCGAAAUGGGUACCUUUGCUCGAUACCAAUCAACUCGACCGCCUGGCCUCUGGCCGCAAGGAAGAAGCAUACUGGCCAGUCGCCGUCGCCAUGGACAAAUUCCACUGCAUCAUUCUCAAGGGAGGAGAACAAUACCCUUACUUCCCUCGUCCACUGCUCUCAGACUUUGAAUUCAAAAUUCCAGUCACAGCUCGUGACGAGGACAAGCAAGAUGAAAAUGAAGACGGCAUAGUGCAAAAGUUGGAAGAGGAAUACGUGCGCAAUUCGGUGUUGCUGAGUCUGCAGGAUGAUUUGGUCAACAAUACGCAUGCUACUCAUGCGCAAAAGACGGAAGCUGCACAGCGCGAGCUUGACGUGGAUAAGGUGCUUUUGCAGUUGUUGGCUGCUGAGUGCAGAGAGGGUGAAGAUAGAGGUAUGAAGGCGCUGGAGAUGGUCAGCUUGAUGAGGGAUAGAUCGGGCAAGAUGCUCGAGGCUGCUGUCAAGAUUGCGGCAAGAUUCGAACGCGAUGUUUUGGGUGAGAAGAUCUCUGCGCUUGCAGAACGAAGAUUGGUUGGUUUGGCCGAUGAGGAGGAGGAACUUUGA